AUGCAGUCACGGCUAAACCUGUUCGUCUUUUUCAUGCAGGUCUUUGCGUCGUGCAUCGACGCUGCUUCUUUCAUCCCGUCGACGGUUAGUAGAUAUCGCAAUUCCUGUGAAUUUAAAAGUGAUUCCCACUGUUUGGUUCUGCUGCCUUGCCCAGGCGUCUUGCUUAAAUGUUUUACUGAGUGUUUUGAUUCAUUUUGUCUACUUGCACUGUUCUUAAGCGGGGGCGUUGAGCUUAAUCCAGGCCCAGGGAUAGCAGAGCAACUCGAAGAAAUUCUCCAAAAUGAAAAAGCUUCUUCAUGUGAACUAAAUGCUAUCGGAGUUAAGGUAGACUCGCACAUUACCGCGAUUGAAGGUAAACUCGACGUGCUUUCACAGACCGCUAAAAGGAUGGAGACAUGUGAGCAAUCGCUUGCGGAACUAAACGAAGAGAUUGCUUCACUAAGGAGAAAUGUGCACAACCUUGAAAAUUAUUCUCGACGAAACAAUCUGCUCGUGUAUGGUAUUCAGGAGUCGGAAGCAGAGACGGUAAAUAGUCUUAAGGAACAUCUUCUAACAGAAAUGUUUGAGCGCAAACUUGAAAUAAAAGUAGAGAGCCUAGAAAGUUUACACCGCCUAGGAAGAAAAGCGGUAGGGAAAGUGCGUCCGGUGAUUAUAAGGUUUUCUGACUUCACUGAAAAGGCGGAACUUCUCAGAAAUGCUUCGAAGCUGAAGGGAACUCAAACGUACACUUCGGAAGACUUCUCACCUAGGCUAAGAAAAAUUAGAUAG